AUGUCUUCUCAAACCAUGGCCAACGGCGACAACUCCUCGCAGACAAUUGAUCACCUCACUUCCUACCCUGUCGUCUCCGACGCCAUCUCGACAUUCAAGUCAAACCCCUACGGCAAGAAGUCUCUCGACCUCUCCAACACCGGCUACGAGAAGCUCGUUGCACCCUUCGUCCCUUACGCCAAGCGUCCCUACGGUUAUGUCGCUCCAUACGUCGCUAAGGCCGACUCUCUCGGCUCCGACGCUCUCUCCAGAGUCGACCACACCUUUCCUAUCGUGAAGGAGGACACCGAGAAGAUCAAGGGCACCGUGUUGGACUACGCCUACUUCCCAUUUCGCUUGGUUGGUGACAGCAAGAACUACGUCUUGGAUACCUACUCUAGCGAAUACAAAAAGUGCGGUGGUGAUGGCUAUGUUGCUGGUUCCAAGGCCAUGAUUACUACCGGCUUGGUGGUUACGAGCGAUACACUGUCUUGGUUGAGCACGUUCUUGGGGCAGAAGAAGGAGGAGGGAACUGACUACGCGGCCAAGAAGUACGGCACAGCUUCCAACUACGCCCACGACAAGUCCGGUCAGGCGAUGCAGUACGCAGAAGCGAAGUCUGAGCAGGCGAAGAAUUUGGCAUACCAAAAGAAAGAGCAGGGAAAGGACAUGGCUGCAAAUGCAAAGGACAUGGCUUUCCAGAAGACAGAUGAGGGAAAAGACAUGGCUGCGAAUGCAAAGGAUACCACACAGGCUAAGGGAAACGAGGCCAAGGAUACUGCACAGUCAAAGGGGAAAGAGGCCAAGGAUACCGCCAAGGAGAAGUCCGGCAACAAGUAG